GCGUGGGCUGCAAAUUCAGUUGCGAUGGAGACCGUGUCCCUGGAGCACCAGAUCCAGAGUGUGCAGAGGCACAUUGCUUUCCUGAAGAAGGAGCAGAUGGAGCUGCUCCAUGGCCUGCAUCUGGAGAUCCUCCGCCUGCAGAAGCACUGCUCAGAGCUGACCCACGACCUUGAGAUGAAGGAGCUGGAGGCCCGCCAGCAAGACGCGCUGGACCGGGAGCUGGAAGAGAAGUGCCGGGCGAUGGAGGCUCAGCUGCAGGAGAAGGAGAAGGACAACCUGGAGCUGCGCAAGGAGCUGCGGCACAAGGAGACGCUGGUGGCCGCGCUGCGCUCCAGCCUCCGCAGCAAAGAGCGGCGCUUCCUGGAGGAGCUGAAGCGGCGCAGCCACCGCGUCACCAUCCUCGACACGGAGCUGCAGAAGCAGACGGAAGCGGCCGCCUACCUCUCCCUGCAGCUGCACGCCACCGCCCAGCGCCUGCCGGGCCCCCGCAGCGGCGGGCGGCCGCCCCCCGCGCAGCCCCCGGCCGAGGGCAGGCAGCCGCGCCGCGGCCAUAGGGUGCAUCCGCGGCGCCCGGCCGGGGUCGGCGCCCGGCCCGGGGACCCCGCGCGCGAGGAGCACGACGCCAUGCCCGACCCGGCCCUCUUCCUCUACGCGGCGCGGCCGCCCGCCCCGCAGCGCCCGUCACCGCCGGAGCCCCACGCCGGGCCCCGCCGCGCUGCCGCGGUCCCCCGAGCGCAACGGCUGCCCCAGCCGCCGCCGCAGGAGCCCGAAGCCGGGGCUCGGCCAGCCAAGGGCGAGCCCGGCAAGCGGCCGGGGCCUGGGCCCCGCGGUGCCCGCGCGCGGGAGUGAGCAUCGAGGCGGGCACGGCCCGAGCGGCUGGGAAGGCGCUGACCCCGGAGCACCGUGCUGAGCAGCAGCCGAGGUCGCCGUCCCCCGGGAAGGGGGCAGGGGAGGCAGCGCUCCGCUCUCGGCCCCGCGCUGAGCCCGCCGGGCUGCGCCGUGCGGAGCGGGCUGGGGCAGCGCUGCACGAGGCUUGCCGAGGGGCGACGAAGGAACGAGGCUGGGACGAGGCUGCUGCAGGGGUCCCCCAAACCGAAAGGUGCCCGUCUGCAGCACCCGGCGCUGCUCCCCGCCGGAGCACGGCUGUGACCCACGUCACCCGCACGGGGUGUCCGCACGCCAGCACCGUGUUCCUCAUCGGCACCUACAGCCGGCUGCUGUUUUCUCACCACAGACUGAAAUCAUGUCAGCAAGGCACUGGCAAAGCGGGAUCUGGUGCGCUGCCACCCACGGGGCAGAGCUGGCCACAGUGCAGCCCCAUCAGGAGCAGAGGCUGCAGAUGACGCUUUGCCUGCGGUGUCCGAACCAUCGGAGCCCACCUCCCUCGUGCUCAGUUCAAACCCCUGGGAAAGCAUGGUCCUCCUUCUGAACCAUCACCUGCCUCCAGCCCGCAGAGCGCCAUGCAGCCAGAGGUCUCUAUUUUUGUAGCUCGGUGUUUGUAACUUACAAUGCUUUUAGGAGACUCUCAGUCGCAGUCUCAGGCCAGCUCUCCAGAUGGUGAAAUCAAACCCCAAAGUACGAUCAGCUCUGCAGGAGGCGAGCAGCUUUCAUGCUGCCCUUUGGCUGUGAUGGGCACCCACUGGGAGAAGUGUCCAACUCUGGUGGGAGGCCCCCCCCAGUGCCCCCAGUGCUGCCCCAGCAGCCUCUGGCCAUGCUCCCAGAAAGGCACUGCAUGGCAGUGGGUGAGACACAGCCUGGCAUCUUGUGGGUAAACCCCUCCCGGCCUUGGGACAGGGCUGCUCUUCCCGGGCUCUGAGUGCUUCUGCUGAGAGCACGUCCCAGUGUUCUUUUAAUGUGAAAGAGGGUAAAACAUCUCUGUGCGUCCCUGUGCUGUGAUUUGCACAGCUGGUUCCCCCUCAUUCCUAGACAAUCCUGAUACACAGAGCGUGUUGCAUUUUUAUUAUAAAGUUAUUGAUAAAAUCAUGUUGUUCAUGACCAACCUGAGCAUUAGAAAGGGGAGGCCGUGUAAGUACCCUCCUGUUCUCUGUAAAUAUCUUCCUAACAAUCAGCAUUUUUAGUGCCUAGUAUGUAAAUGAAGCAACCCUGUGGGAGCUGCAGGACCCUUCCCCCUUCUCAGCCAUCAGCUCUGAGUUCCAGGGGCACAUCCCAUCUCAGUGCCUCAUGGCUUCUGCCCACCCCAUGGCAGCCUGAAUGGGCAGGGAGGCAGCAGGGCCAUGAGAGUCUGGAGCCAGCCCUGAGCUGGGAAGGGCCGGCCUCAUGCACUGCACUGCGGUCACUGCUGCUCCUGAAGGGGGGAAGCUCUAGAGUACAAUAUAUACGCACUUAUAUAUAUGUAUACACAUAACGCACUUGCUUUGAAGGGAAAACACUGUAUGAUUGUAAUAGAAAUGAUGUUGAAAUAAAUUAUUUUAAUCUUUGUAUUUAUAUAAAAUGUUCGACGAGAUCUAAAUGAUCCCAACACCCAGAAAGGCAGUGCUCCUGUGUUUAACCUGUGGGAUGCUGCUGGGUGCACUGAGCUCACGGAGCAGCAGGGAGCCCCAGGCAGUGCCUGCCCUGCCCAUGUGUGCAGGGGGUCCACUGCCCCCAGCUCUGGCUGCAGCACAGGGCAGUGCCCCAUCACUGCAUUGCUCAGCGCUGCUCAGCUCCGCGUGAGUCGGGGCGGUUAGCUGUACGUUGUGCUGCAGAGCUCUGUACAUGGACACGUAUAGACUGGGAGUGUAACUGCUGACACCUACAUGCUCUGUAUGGAACAAGCAAUGUGUAACGUUGACGCAUAAAGCUAUUAGACUGGAAAUGGAUGCAUAGCAAUAAUGCUCCAUUGUUAAACAUUACCUGAUAUAUAUAAAACAGCAUGUUGGCAACUCCUGCGUGCAGACCAACAGCCAGGCACUGCUCUUGCACCCACUGCUGCUGUUCUGCACUGCUUGCAGCCCACUGUGCCUGGAGCACUGGUGUAGUGAUCAUCCUUCCUGCUGUGCUGCAGCUGCUCUCCAAGGAGGGCACCCUGUUGCACAACCUCGCAGCAGAGGCAGAGGAGCUGUGCAUGUGGCAGAAGCAGCCCCACGGUUUACACAGUGCCCCAGGCAGGCUGCUUGGGGAGCUCUCCUUCUUGACCCCAUUAAUUAAAAAGCCUUAUUUUCUGAAUGUGCUUGCUGGGGCUACCUAAGCACCCCUGGCUAUAUCCUUCCUGCUUUGGUGGUGUGCUUGUUGGGGCGCUCAGCAGCGCCCUGACUUCAUACCACCCACCAGAAGUGUCAGUGCUGUCCUGCACAGCACAGCCUGGCAGAGCCCUGCCUUAAUCCCCGGGGAGCGAGGCUGCAUGGGCCCAAUGCCCAUCUGAAGUGCUACCACCCUCCUGGCAGAGCGCUCCCUGAUUGCAUCCAGCCUGCCAGCUGGCGUCCCACCCCUCUUGCACAUCAGGAGGAGCUGCCCACACCCAGGUCCAGUCCGGUUGCUCGUUUGACCAAGGCAGAAUUCAAGGCUUUCUGCAGGCUGCCCUUUCAAAGAUCCACUUUCCCAUCACUGCAGUCACACCAGUAAUGAUAUGCCAAGCCCUGAACUCCCGCAUCUUCCUGUGUCUGUAAAGCCAGACCUUCUUCCCGAGGUCCGCAGGCGGAUGCUGAGCCACAUCUCCCCGGUGGGUGCAGGGCCACGUGCUGGGACCGCUGGGGCUGUGCAGGAGCCUGCUGUCCCACCGGCUCUGCAGAGCCUCAGGCUGGGCCCUGCACUCAGUUGCCCUGGCUCGAGCAGCUGCAGCUCCAUCAGAGCAGAGCAGGGCAUUCUCAGCUGGACGAGCAGAGCUAAGCGGGGCAGUGGCACCGUGUGCCUCCUGCUGGGAGAUCCACGGCGAUGGGAGGGAGCCAGCGCUCUGACACUGCGCUGCUUUAUGUGAGGGUGCAGUUUACUACAUGGCACCAUUAUUCACCCGCACCACGUUCACGUUGACUUUUUUAACCAAGUGCUUUUCAAAACGUAUUCUCUACGUACCCAGAGAGCAGAGAACGGAGCUGUGAGCUGUACGUGAGAAGCCACUGCGAUACCACUAUUAUUUCUUGAUGAAAACAAUGCAGUCCCUUUGGAGUUGCCCUUUCCUGCCCCAGCGCAGCCCCCUGAGCUCCCACCGGCAGCAGCCCCGUCCCACAGCCCCGGGCUCCAGCUCCGUCACGGCUGGAAGCCGAGCGCCCCGGUCCUCAUCCCCAUCCCCAGCCCGGUACCCGGACACAGCUGCGGGCCGGCCGAGCUCCGCGCUCCCGGAGGCCCCACGGCCCGGUCCCGCCGCGGUGCCGCUGUUCCCGGCCCACCUCGUGGCGCGGCGUCCCGGGACGCAAACCGAACGGAAUCGGCUUUUGGCCGUUCGUUUUUCACUCCCGAGGAAGGCGGCCGCCCGCGUCCCGGUCCCGCCCGUCCCCCGCCCGUCCCGCACGCAGCGCUCCGGCGGCACCGCAGCCCCGGGGCCCCGCGCGCGACCUUGCAGGCGUCGGGAA